AGUUGCUCUUUACAUGUCAAACAGUCAAGUCGCACUGAGUUGGUUUCCGAUCCAAUGGAAUGAAGGUUAUAGAUUUGGGGAAAGGGAAGUCAAGAUGGAGAAGGCGAAGAAGCGUCUGGAGCUGAACUCGGACGAGUCAGAGACCGUGUCGCGAGUCGCCAUCCCAGCUCUCCAAAUCGGAAAGUCCAGCUUCUACGAUGCCUUCGCUCUGAGAGGUAUCCGAGUCGAGCGAGUCGAACCCGGUGUCGUCAUCUGUUCUUUCAAGGUCCCUCCCCGCCUCAUCGAUAGAGAUGGAACUUUGGCAAAUGGUGCAAUUGCAAACCUCGUUGAUAUAGUUGGUGGUUCCUUAGCUUUUAUUCCGGACCUCCCUAUGAAUGUUUCUGUCGACAUAUCCGUCUCUUAUGUCUCAACUGCCAAGGUUCAUGACGAGCUAGAGAUAACUUCGAGGGUUUUAGGACGAGCAGGAGGAUACUGUGGAACAAUAGUAACAUUCAGAAAUAAAUCAACGGGAGAGAUAAUAGCUGAAGGUCGACAUUCAUUGUUUCGUUCAAAUGCUGGUCCCGUUCCCAAACUCUGAGGAGUCCUUUACAAAUUCAUAUAUGUAGUUUUGAGAAACAAAACAACAGGAGGGGAGAUUAGUGCCGAAGGUCGACUUUGCUUCUAGCCAACGAAAAGGAUCGUUUUACAGGUGUUAUAACAGGAUCCUUGUAAAGGUUGUACCCAGUGCACAAGGCUCCCGCUUUACGCAGGGUUUGGGAGAGGUGAAUGUCGGCUAGCCUUAUCCCCAUUUAUGGAGAGGUUGCUCCCAAGUCUCGAACCCGAGACCUACCGCUCAUGGGCGAAGGCACUUGCCAUUGCACUAAGUGCGAUAUAACAUGAUCCUUGUAAAACCUGAAAUUACAUCUUGAUACAUUCAACUUCACAGGUCACGGAACCCCUUUGAAACAUUGCAAAUUUCUUGCAUAACUCUUCUUUCGUCUGCAAACUUGUAUCAGUAAUCAUCUUGUCUAAAACUCUACCGUUCUUUAGCAAAUACUAUGCAAGUUCCAUCUCAA